AUGCAGCGACUUUUCUUUUGUGAGGAAAAGAUGGGUCGCUGCAUGGGAGACGACGUUCCAACUCCGCUUCUCUCCCCUGGCCUUUCACACUUGUUUGUUCCAUGCCCUGUGUACUUGCACCCACUACUUGCACGCGACUCCCCUGUUCAAGCAGCUGAGUUGUUCUCGCCGAAGCGAGAGAUGGACGUCGAGGUCGACGUAAACUCUCGCGUCUAG